GGAGCGCGCCGUCCCGGGUAGUACACCUAACUGGCGUUGUGGGCCAUGUCCCUGUCUCUGCCAGAACGCUAAAAACUUCCAACCAGACAAUGGACGUCGCUACUCAUCUUGUCCCUGUUAUAAACCAAACGGCAACAAAGGGCCAAAGUUCCAUCCGCUUCAUUCGAAAGACUAUAGAUAUAUUUGAAUCAUAGUCAUCCGCUCAAUUCAUUAUUCGGAUUGCUCUCAAAAUUCACGUGAAUUGGCCCCUUACGGCCAUCACACAGUGAACCUCACGACAUGGGUGAUCAGACACAUUCUGGUACUGCUACUCGCAGUGCUAAUAUCCAGAAAUUAUCAAGAGUAGAUGAUGGUCAUCGAAUCAAGAAACGUCCACUGACGAGGCCACCACUUCCGUCGUCAUCCAAGACACCAGUCAUAUACGUUUCAUCCAAGACACCAUUUAUGUCCACCGUUCGUCGUGUCAGGAAGCAACUUGAUAAACCGAUCCGCUCUCGCGGUGGUGUUGCACCUGCCCGUAAGAACGCGACCUUGCAUUCUCGUAUCGAAGCGCUGAAGCAUGCUGCCGCGCGUGAUGGCGACGAUAGCAACGUAACGGUGACUAUCAUGGGAACAGGCAAGGCUGUCGAAAAGGUCUUGGCUGUGGCUGGCUGGUUUGAGCAACAAGUCGAUUGUCGGGUAGAGCUACAGACCAAGACGGUGGCGACUGUUGAUGAUAUCGUAGUGGACGACGGUGGCGACGAAGAAGAAAGUCGCGUACGGAGACUAAGCUGUUUGGAAGUCAAGGUCAGCUUGAAAUGAAGGAGAUUAUUUGGUAAAUAUUUGGCGCGCGUUUUGAUGGCAAUAAUUUGGCGUUUUUGGUGUUUUGCAGCGACCAUUUUGAACCGCUAGUCGGGCUUUGAGCCAGUUUUUUUCUUCCAUGGUGGCCGGCUUAUUUAUUUCUGUGCAAAAAUAUCACUUGCGACAAUGAAGAAUUACGAUAGAUUUUAUAUUCCAAUUUAUUU